GCACGAGAUGUGGCCCUUCCUGGAUCUCGCUGCUUCGACCUCGCCGCCGUCUCCUUCGACGACGCUCAUCGGCCCCGGAGCGGUGACGCCUCAGCUGCCUCAAACAUCCUCUCCGCUACAAACUGCGCUCCGUUUUCACUGAUGAGAUAAACACAACUACGCACAACUCUCUGAAUAAUUUUCCCCCCACUGCUGUGCUCGUACGUGUGUGCGUGAAGUUCUUGCUUCUUUCUGAGAGUUUCGAUUUUGAAUUCUCGCCGCGCCGCAAGAAAACAGUGCGCGCGUGGUCAACGCUCUCAGCUGUGUGUGCGGAUUGUGGAUGAAAACACUUUUUCUUUUUUUUUCGCUGAAGCGGGUGCUAGUUACAGCGUGUUCGCGCCUAUAUAUUUUUGUUCAUCGUGCUCCGGUACUACGCACUGGAUACCGCCGAAAUGAGUGAUACGAGACAACACGGCCUCGCCUGGAUUCUGCGCUCCGUCCUUUGUGUCCUUCUGCUGCGCGGACCUCGGCCUGGGAUAGCAUACGAAGAUGCUUCUGGCGUUCCUACAGUGGUGACGAGCCGGGUAGGUGGUGACGCUGCCCUUCCCUGCCACCUUCGUCACGCCACCCAGGACUCGUGGGCCGUGUCUGUGUCGUGGUUCAAACGGGGCCUCUCAGCACCCGUCUACACGGUCGACAUGGGCUCGGGAAACUUCCUGCAGGCCAGGCACCGGCCAGCGCAUCUAUGGUCCGGACGCGCCUAUUUCUCGUCGGCCGACGAACCGGCGCUACUCAUGAUCGGAGACGUCGCCGCGGCUGACGCCGGAUUGUACGUGUGCUCAGCGUUGUUUGCCAACGAUGCUCAGCGCAACUCCACCGUGCACUUCGUCGUAGUCGUUCCCCCGGAGACACCCGUCAUCAGAGACAAGUUUGGCAACAAGGUGGGAAAAGUGGCCGGCCCUUACCGGGAAGGCGAAUCACUGACGCUCACCUGUGAAGUCAAUGGAGGCGUUCCCGAGCCAACGGUGACCUGGUGGCGCAACGGCAGCGAGCAGCUCCACCACACGGCCGAUAGCUCGUCACAUGGUGUGUCCCGGUCCACGCUGGAGCUUCCGCAGCUGCACCGGCACGACCUGAACGUGUCGCUGGUCUGCAAGGCGUCUAACCACAACGGAACAUACGUGGUCACAAGCGCUGUCACGCUCGACCUGUAUCUGAAACCAUCCAUGGUGCGCAUACGGUCCAAGCAGCGUCCACUGGCGGCCGGACUACCAGCUGAAAUUGAAUGCGAGGCUGCCGGAUCACGGCCACCUCCCGUCAUCACUUGGUGGCGCGGAAAGGCCAAGAUAUCCACCGACCAUGUCAAGGUGAUGCCCAUAGGAAAUCGCGUCUUCUCGGUGGUCACCUACACCCCCACGAGAGAGGACAACGGCAAGCGACUUCGCUGCGUUGCCGAAAACCCGAACAUUGUCGGAAGCUUCAUCGAAGCGUCGUACAGCCUUGACGUUCACUACAAACCACUGGUGACGCUUCAGCUCGGAAAGCGUUUGCGGCUAGAGGAGAUUUUUGAAGGGCAAGACGUAUACCUGGAAUGCAGCAUCGACGCCAAUCCACGCGUGAGCGAAGUGGUGUGGCGUUUCGAAGGCAACCAGGACGUGCACUCAGACCCGGCCGCCAAGGUGAUCACGAGCAACCAGUCGCUCGUGUUCCAGGCCAUCCAGCGUCUGAAUGCUGGACGCUACACCUGCGUCGCCAUUAACACCGAGGGCGAGUCAGUCAGCAAUGAGCUACAUCUAAAAGUCCAAUACUCUCCGACGCGCACCCGUCGGCCGUCAGCUUCCAGUGGGCCUUUCAACGGCAGUCUGCGCAACCACGAGCUUCAGACCUUCGUGUCCGAGGGCAGCCGCAGCGUGGCGUCGUACGUCCCGCGAGACAAGGCCGACUACGGCACGCUUCUGUGCUGGGCCACCAACAAGAUAGGCCGACAGAAAGAGCCCUGCCGUUUCCAGAUUGUGCCUAUAGGUCCUCCGAAGACCCCGUACAACUGCACGCUUAGCAACCAGACGGAAGACGCCCUCCUGGCCGAGUGCCGAGAGGAUCCCAGCGGCGGUGGCGGGCUUCGCCAGCUGUACAACCUCGAAGUGCACGACAUCUCGUGCCACCGCCUGCUGGCCAACCUGAGCGCAGAGAGACCGGCCUUCUGGGUGCAAGGCUUGCCCGCGGGACUCAACUACGUGCUCGUAAUCUACGCUGUCAACGAAAUGGGCCGCUCGCAGCCGUUUCUUUUGCGCGCCGAGGCCGCUGACCGGUAUUGGGACGGCAUUUCGCGACACGGUAGCGAGUGGGGAGGCUGCGAGCAGAGCAACUCUCUCGUCGUAAUCCUCAUCGCAGUCACCUUCGCCGCCGUCUUCUUCCUCUUCCUGCUCGUCAUUGUGGCACGCUGCCGGACCAAGAGACAGCGCUUGAAGGCCAACACUGGUGACAAAAUUGUGCAAAAUGGCAAAACGUCACCUAGACCUUGCGAUGGACCGGUCAACAUGACCACUUUCACCUGCGUCGAGGGAGACGAGCUCCGUCCAACUGUGCUAGAAACGUCGCCCACCAAGCCCCCGUUCCACGCCGACUACAUCACCAACGUGAACAACCACACCCCGUACUUCUGCCGCCAGAAGAUCGUGGACUUCUGAUAUCCGGACGUGCUCUCCGCGAGCAGCGGAAAGGAGGUCCCACGCAUGACUACCUUCGGUGGAGGUGCUACUUCGCAGGAGUACAGCGACAACUCGUGAACAGACGAGCCUCGUAGAGAGAUGUGUGCGCUGUCCGAUCGAUUCAACGACUCAGCGUGGAAAGAGUGUUAACGAUACCUAGUCAUUCGCGAGGGGUGACACUGUUAGAGGAUCUGGACCACCGCCACAGGAACCUCGCGUCAGAAGAUAAUGGUCCCGCCGCUGCUCUUAACGGCCUGCAAUCUUGAAGAUGACGUGUGCUUUCCGACAGCACUCAAAAACAUUCAACUUCGCUGUGUCAUUGUCGCUAGGCCGGAAGUUCAACGUCAGAGUACCACCGGCAACUACUAAAAGCAUUUCAUCUUGAGUGCGCAACCUCGGCGGCAGACAAGAAGGAGUCACUGAAAACUUUGGGUGAUGCUCCAGGUGUCCCACGGUUCUUGCCUAAAGUGGUGCGCCAGUGGUGUGUGCGAACUGCACGUUAUUCCUGUGCUAGCCAUAGUGACUGUACAAAGGUAUUUGACAGAGUCCACGUGCUGGGAAGAAAGACUACGAACUUAGCUAACUGCGCGUCAGCUGUGCGUGGUCAGACUGCCAUGUUGCCAAAACACGGAAGUGAUCAUGAACAAUAGGUGCUGUGUCGAGGAUUAGAAAGCGCGUACGCUGGUGUGACUGCGCCGUGCGAGUGGAGAACAAAUAAUAUACUCACCUUAUGAUAUACGUCCUAAAAAGACACUCAAAAGACACUCAAUGUACUUGAGCUUUGUGGAAAGAACGCUUGUUCAUGAUCGUUCUAUAGGCAUUUAAGGAUCUCUUGUGAUGAGUGAGGGCACAACCUCCUAUUCUAUCCAUCCCUACUGUGUCUAUGAAACAAGUGUGUGGUCGUGUUUUUGUUUUUUUUUCCUCCGUGGCACUUGCUUGCAUAAUUUCAUUCCGUGUGCAAAGAAAUUCAACAGUGAAGUGUCGUACGACGCUAGGAGUCUCUUUUCAAACUCGGCGUGCCCCGGAACGAAUGACGUUCCGCACAAUCGUAAACAUACCCGUUGAAUGAAUUCAGGUAAACAUAUGCGCCCUUUUUGAGUGAGAACUGAAAGGGUCGAGGCUAUAAAACAAGCUGCUAGCCAUCGCUGGCGACCUUCGUGCUCUGAUGGAGCGAUUACAUUUCAAAAGGUUGUAUGUCAAGCGUAGCUCAUACUGUGCAGAAUAUAGCUUACGUGUAUCGAUAAAAGAAAUCUCGUGAAUGGGUUCGCGACUUAGGCACAGGAGAGGGGCUUAAGCACAUGGUCGCUGGAGGAUAUUUUGAAUAAAUACCUAUAGGGUAGUUCCCAAGAUGUUACUCAGUGCAGCUUACUCUCUGGGCGUGUUAUUCAGGAGCUUGAACUCGUGGACAAGAAAGCACGUGAUGGGGACUAGGUUUUGUGACGUUUCGCGGGAUCUAUGCUGUCAAGAGUGUGGCGACCAGGCUGUCCGUCCCCAAAAACAUCGUGAAAGCGGCUUCUAUACCGUUCAUUUUAAACUACACCUCAUAGACGUCGUCUGAAUGAAUGACCCUCGAAAGGCAGGCGCCUCAGAUGCAGGGACUGAUCACGCGAAAUCCGCAUGAUCUCGCUCCCAAUUUUCGUUGAUUGCAGUCGUCGACUUUGAAAGCAUUUUUUCGACAUACACCCACAGAGCUGCCGCACAAACUUGCCUAAGUUUGAGUAUAUACAUAGGGGGCCAAAAAUUUGGAGCCCCCACCUUGAACGUAAUUAGUUAUGCUCGUUUCAUUUGAUGAUAACCUGUGAACGGCUUUUGAAUCAGGGCAUGUUAUACGAAAUAUUUUCGGCUAUAAAAAUCGUUAUGGUUCAUAUGCAGAAUUUUGUCGUGCUCAUGGUGAUUUAAAAGACAAUUGAUACGCUGUCCACGUAAAACAUUCUUCGCAUCGUUCAUAUUACCAUCUGGCUCGAUCUGGUUACCUCCAUUGAGCCAAUACAAAGACUCAACUAAAUUGCAUGUGCGAGAAAAUUCACCAUUUUCUAUUCCGAAGCGAUAGUCUGUCUAUGACUAUGGGUAUUAUUUCGAAAGAAAUCUUGCGUACCGUCAAAGUCGAAUGGCAGCUCUCUUGGUGUUCGUCAGCUGGCAGCGCUUCGGUCCGUACACAAUUUCUGAACCCCGUCUUUCUAUCAGUUCCUCACUGUAACGAGCGAAAAAUAAUGUAAAAAAUAUUGAUGGGCGCAAUCGUUGAAGAGUCGAGCUCCAUCGCUAUUGCAGACACUAACAGAAAUACUGUUUCUAAAGGCGAAAUGUCGAACAGCAACUGCAACUAGUGGAGGCGUACUGCAACUACAAUUACUGGAAGUAAGUGCGAGUUGUUCGAGCGCAAAGUUGUACACACUGUAUACGCGUCUGUACAUACAACAAUCUAUAUUUUAUACCGCGCGCAACGCUCAUCGCGGCCUCUUCAUCGAAAUUGCUUCAUUUUAUCAGAAUUACAGUGUAGUAUUUAUGGCGAGUGCGAUGAACUGAGAAAAAAAAAGAGAAGAAAACCACGUCUAUACAUAUAUAUAAAUACUUAUAGAUAUCUAUACGCAUAUGUGUGUACACAUUUCUGUGUGCGUGUCUGUGUGCUUCAAACUUCGAGCUUUCUAUAAAGGUCCUCUCGUCGCCAUCUCCCCACAAUUUUUUUCCCUUUUACUGCAAUGCGAAGCAUGUGGUACCGCUUGCAUGUGAAAUCGAUUGUUUGGUAAAUAUCAAGCUGCGUCAUAUGCGCGUUCUGAUAGUUUCCGAUGAAGUUUUCAACCUAGCUCUCGAGGCAUUGCUCAGUACGUGAUAAAAAAGAGAAAACGCCACGCGGUUGUUGUUUUUUUUGUGUGUGUGUGUUUCAUUUUAUGUGCCGUACUUAUUUCUGAAAGCAGGCGUGGUUCAACUACGUCUUGUCACAAACACUACAUUUACCACCACGGUCGCUUCGACUGUCAACGGGGCUGCAUUUUGCUGUGUUACUCAGGAAGAAGGAGCUUGUGCACCGCAACAGUCCAGUGCACCCUAGUGAAAAAAAAAAAUGCGUGUAAGGAAAAUGAUGCAUCGACACAAUCAGGUUGAAGUGUUAAUAAACGUACGAGUUGAACAGAUGA